AUGAGCAAGUUCGGCGUCAUGGUCAUGGGUCCUGCUGGGGCAGGCAAAUCGACCUUUUGCGCCUCCCUUAUCACCCACCUGAAUUUAAACCGCCGGUCAUGUUUCUACGUCAACCUCGAUCCGGCGGCCGAGGCGUUCGAACACACGCCAGACCUCGACAUCAAGGACUUGAUCUCUCUCGAAGACGUAAUGGAAGAGAUGGGCUUGGGCCCCAAUGGCGGGCUGAUCUACUGCUUCGAGUUCCUGAUGGAUAACCUCGACUUCCUGACUGAGUCGCUCGAUUCGCUGACCGAGGAGUACCUCAUCAUCUUCGACAUGCCGGGUCAGAUCGAACUCUACACCCACGUGCCCAUCCUGCCGGCCCUGGUACGAUUUUUGACGCGCACCGGCAACCUUGACAUUCGGCUCUGCGCCGCGUACCUGCUCGAAGCUACGUUUGUCGUCGACCGAGCUAAAUUCUUUGCGGGCACCCUCAGCGCCAUGAGCGCUAUGAUUAUGCUCGAGGUGCCGCAUAUCAAUAUCCUGUCCAAGAUGGACCUAGUCAAGGACCAGGUCAGGAAGAAGGAUUUGAAAAGAUUCAUUACACCCGAUGCGACAUUGUUGGAAGACGACCCUGCCGAAACUGCUCGCCGUAAAGCGGAAGGCACUGCGGCUGGAGAGGAGGACAUGGGCGACAUUCAAGACAAAGAGACGAUGAUGCGUGGAGCUGGCUUCCGACGGCUGAAUCGGGCUGUGGCCGGGUUGAUCGAAAACUUCAGUAUGGUGAGUUAUCUCAAACUGGAUGUUCAAGAUGAGGAUAGCGUGGGUGCCAUCCUUAGCUAUAUAGAUGACUGCAUCCAAUAUCACGAGGCUCAGGAGCCGAAAGAGUUGAAGGAUGACGAAUUUGACGAUCCUGAGGAGUGA